UUCUUCUGGUCACAGUGUUCCUGUGAUGUCACCCAUCAGCACAAACCCUUGUUUGACAGUCAUCCCUCCAUGUAUGAAUGAAGCUGACCGCUUCAGUUUAGAGGCACUUCGGCACAUUCACAAGCAGCUAGAUGACGACAACGAUGGAGGAAUUGAAGUGAAUGAGAGUGUAGAGUUUAUCAUAGAGGACAUGAAGCAGCACCAGACCAAUAAACACAGUAAUCUUCACCGAGAGGACCAGCACAUCACGGUGGAGGAGCUGUGGAGGGGCUGGAAAAUAUCAGAAGUGCACAACUGGACACUGGAGGAUGCAGUUCAGUGGCUGAAAGAGUCAGUGGAGCUUCCUCAGUACGAAAAAAACUUCAGAGAGUUUAAAGUAGACGGCAACAUGCUACCUCGAAUAGCGGCCAAUGAACCAUCAUUUAUGUCAAUGCAGCUAAAGAUAUUAGACCAACGACAUAAACAGAAAUUAAAUCUAAAAGCGUUAGAUGCAGUGCUCUUCGGACAUCCACUACGUCCUCACCAUCACUGGCUGAAGGACUUUGUUUUGAUGAUUUCAAUCAUCAUUGGUGUGGGUGGCUGCUGGUUUGCAUACAUACAGAACAAGUCGUCUAAAAUUCACGUCUCCAAGAUGAUGAAAGAUCUGGAGAGUCUACAGCAUGCUGAACAGAGCCUGAUAGAGCUACAGAGCCGGCUGGAAAAGGCUCAGGAGGAGAACCGGACGGUAGCAGUGGAGAAGCAGAACCUGGAGCAGAAGAUGCGUGACGAGAUCAACGGAGCAAAGAGAGAAGCCAGCAGACUGCGAGAGCUGCGAGAGGGGGCUGAAUGUGAACUCAGCAGACUCAAGUAUGCAGAGGAGGAACUAGUGCAGGUGCGAAUGGCAUUGAAGAGAGCAGAGAAGGAGAUGCAGUCAGAUUGGUCGGUGCCAGAAGCCCUGCAGAUGUGGCUUCCGCUCACACAUGAGGUGGAAGUGCAGUACUACAACAUUAAAAAACAGAAUGCCGAGCUGCAGCUUACGGUCGCAAAGGACGAGGCAGAAAAGAUCAAGAAGAAGAGGAGCUCUGUGUUUGGUACCCUCCAUGUUGCACACAGCUCAUCGCUGGAUGAAGUAGACCACAAAAUACUUGAGGCUAAAAAAGCUCUGUCAGAGGUCACAGCCUGUUUGCGUGAACGUCUUCACCGCUGGCAGCAAAUAGAGAAGUUAUGUGGCUUUCCAGUGGUUAAUAACUCUGGGCUGCCCAGCCUCACCGCCUCCCUGUACGCCGACCACAGCUGGGUGGUCAUGCCGCGGAUGUCGGUGCCACCCUACCCAAUCGCUGGCGGGGUGGACGAUCUCGAUGAGGACAUGCCACCAAUCAUUCCACAGUUCACCUCUCCUUUGAUUCGACCUCCUCUGACUCGCAACAGCAGUGUUUGUCGUUCUCGCAGAAGUCUUAUGUCUCAACCCUCGUCCCUUUCUCCUGACCCUGAUCUGUUGUCUAUGGCCUCGGCCCCACUGGUUUACAGACCCGACGGAGACGAUGAUCACAUCUUCUUCACUGUAGAAAGGAAGGGAGAUCCUCAGGACACAUGCUCAGAUUCAGAUUCUCUCAGUUCCUCUUUGGGCAGGAAGCAGUUCUCUGGUCCCUCUGUUCAAAGUACAUGUGUUACGGGGACGGAUACCCCACCACGUAAAAUCUCUCGCGAGGAACUUCCUUUCCUGGUGCAAGAGGCCCAGACUGUCACCAUGGAGACCUUACCUCCUCCCACAUCCUCCCCUUCAUCUCCACUUGACUCCUCUUCAUUUCACAAGGGCUCUCCUGAACUUACCCACUCUUCCGUCCUCCCAGAAUCUCAAAGUUUAACCUUUCACCCUGGCACCAAAGCUAUGGCCUAUAAUGGCAUUCUGGAAAAGUCAUACAGCAUGGGGCAGCUGCCUGCUGGUGGAACGCCUCCAGAGGGUCACUACCCCUCCAUUAGCUCACUCGACAUAGAAAGCAAAUCUAUCAAGGAGCCCAAGCAACUCCAACCCACCUCCUCCCAGGACUCUUGCGAUAACGGACAGAAAAAACGCUCCAAGAUCAAGAGCUUGUUCAAGAAAAGCAAAAAGCUGUGAGGAACAGUAGAGAAGAUGAAGAAAUGGAGAGAAAAAGAAGCCUUAAAACAAAAUAAAUGAGGGUGAUGCUGUCAACCAGAAGCCAAAACAUUUUUCAGUUUCUUUGUCCUUUUUUUUAUUUAAAUGGAAUGUAGCUUCAUCUGGGUAGAGUCCUGGGUUGGAAGCCUUUUUAUGGUGAUUUUUUAGCCUCACACAUAUGCCUUUAAAGGCCAGAAAAUGUCAUGUUAACAUUUUGCAGAACAUGGCCUCUUCACUGUCUUCUGUUAAGUCUCUGUUUUCUAUAAUGUGCACCCUAAUGAUGUCACCAGGAAGGGAUCAGGAAAUAUACCAAAACAGUAUAAACAGAACAGUCCAAAAUUCGCCAAAUCUCCAAAUUCUUAAAAAAAUAGACUUCCUGGAAAUAUGUCUUUAAAGGGAGGGUUCACCUUCAAGUGAAAAUUCUGUCAUCAUUUACUUUCCCUAACCUGUAUGCUGUAGUUUUUUACGCAAAAUAAUUUUUUGAAGAACUGUUACAUAGUUCUUGCCAUACAACCAAGGUUCAUAGUGACCAAGGGCUGUUAAACACCAAAAAGCAACAUAAUAGUAGCUUAUACUACUCGUGCUAUUUUCCAAGUAUUCUAUCAAUCUGCGCUUUGGUUAAAGUUGGCCUACAUACAUGCUUCAGAUGGAUGUUUGACUUACACUGCAUCUGUUUUUUUUUUUUUCAGCUUCACAUUGGUCACCUAAUUAGAUUGUCAGUUCACGUUUUAGUGUUUAAUCCUGUUCUGUACACACACUAGUAAUUUACAAGAGUAAAAUUGUAAAAGAUAAAGAUAAAAACUGCAUUUUACAACCAAAUUGAAUCCUGAAAAUGCAGGUAGUGACAACCACAUUUACAACUGUUUUGACUCCUUAGUGUUGCCAGAUCUUGCUAGAAAAAAACAAAACAAAUAACAACAAAAACAAAUAAGAACAAGCCCAUAUUAAACUUACAUCCAAACGCAUUAUCUUGGAAAUAAGCCACAUUCCAAAAUAUAGCGACUUGCACCUACAUCUUUUAUUAACUUAAUAAUAAUAAUUGAGCUGAGCCCAAACAAUAAGGCCAAAGAGGCUUAAUAAACUUUGCUAUAAUAUAUGGGGACAUGGCAACCCUUCAAGAGCACCCUCUGCAAAGCAGACUUCCAAACAUAAAUAAAACACAUGGCUCUGUUGACGGUGGUUUAGUUAAAAUCACUGAAUAUAAUGGUCGUUGGUUGCUGUAAUAUUACUUUGGUCAAAAAUAGAGGAUACCAAAUGCGCAAGAUGACAAAACGUUGUUAUGGUUACCAUGGUGUCAGUAAAUGCAAUUUCAAGAGUGAGAUCUGUUCCAUACGAAUACGAAUCUGUAAUUUAGGGGAUUUGCUCCCGAAUUUA